AGGCGGUCAAGCAAGUGCUGGCGACCAAGCUGGAGCAAGCGAGGGAUGAAGUCGUAGCUCUAGUCUUGGCGGAGAAGCUUGGGCAGCUGUUGGAGAAACAUGUGGACAUGUUCCGCCUUCAAGUCCGACAUGACCCCCCAUCGCUGUCGAUCCACUGCGAGUGCGACUGCGUCCCGACUCGGCGCCGGUAA